AAGAAGAAAAAUUUGUUAGUGCAUUUUUAUUCCAUAACGUUUUUUUAAGUGCAUAAUCGGACAAUACUACUUAUUUCGCACAAGUGGAAAUAUUCAAGUCAACAACGUGUUGACUGAGAAGCAAAUUUUUGUUUUUUCAUUUUUCGCAUAUAAAGAAUAUAUCAAACUUGAAUAUAUUAAUUAUUUUUAAUUUUACAGGUGCAGAUAUGAAAAUAUUUAAGCAUCGAGAAGAAGAUAGAGCAGCGCGUCGUCGCCGUGAAGAUGAAGAACUUCAGAGACGUCGGGAAGAACGUAAAAAGCGACAUGCUGAUAAAGAAAAAUAUGAAACAGAAAGUAAAAAAAGACGAAGAAAUGAAUCAGAUAAAUCAAAAGAAAAAGAUACAAAUGAAACUGUACGUAAGGAUGAAAAUACAAAACAACCAGUAGUUAGUAGUAAUGAGAAGUCAGCUAACGAAGAAGAUGAUAAUGCUACUGUUACUGAUCCUAAGGCUAGAAUCACGGAUAGGGAACGUAAUACCGUUAAGCUACUAACGUCACGUACAGGUGGUGCUUACAUACCUCCAGCUAAAUUACGUAUGAUGCAAGAUAAAAUCACUGAUAAAUCCUCUGCAGCCUAUCAACGUAUUGCUUGGGAGGCACUUAAGAAAUCUAUACAUGGUUACAUCAAUAAAGUUAAUGUAGAUAACAUUGCCAUCAUAACACGCGAGUUAUUACGUGAGAAUAUAGUACGCGGACGUGGUUUAAUCUGCCGUUCCAUAAUUCAAGCACAAGCUGCAUCGCCAACGUUUACACAUGUGUAUGCUGCAUUAGUGGCGAUCAUAAACUCCAAAUUUCCCAAUAUUGGUGAACUGUUAUUGAAGCGUUUGAUUAUUCAAUUUAAAAGCGCUUAUUGCCGUAACGAUAAACGCAUUUGUAUGUCAUCAUGUCGAUUUAUUGCUCAUCUUAUUAAUCAAGGUGUUGCACAUGAAAUCAUUGCUUUGGAAAUACUUUCACUGCUUAUAGAAUCGCCUACAGAUGAUUCUGUUGAAGUUGCGAUUGCUUUUCUUAAAGAAUGUGGCAUGAAAUUGACCGAAGUUUCAAGCAAAGGUGUGAGCGCUAUAUUUGAAAUGCUGAAGAAUAUUUUGCAUGAAGGUAAAUUGGAUAAACGCGUUCAAUAUAUGAUUGAAGUCAUUUUCCAAGUUCGUAAGGAUGGCUUCAAGGAUCAUCCAUCUAUAGUUGAGGAGCUGGAAUUAGUAGAAGAAGAAGAUCAAUUUACACACCUGUUGAGUUUAGAUCCACCAGAAAAAUAUGCAACAGAAGAAUUAUUAAAUGCCUUUAAAUUUGAUGAUGAAUAUGAGACCAAUGAGAAUAAGUACAAAGAAUUGAGUCAUGAGAUAUUGGGAAGUGAAACUGACAGUGCCAAUUCAGAUUCUUCAGAUGGUGAUUCAGACGGUGAUAAUAGCGAUGAAGAUGAUGACGACGGUGAAGAUGGUAAACAAAAUAAAGUUGAGAUUAUUGAUAAUACUGAGACAAAUUUAAUUGCACUUCGACGUACCAUUUAUCUUACAAUAAACUCAAGUUUGGAUUAUGAAGAAUGUGCGCACAAACUUAUAAAACUGCAGUUAAAACCUGGACAAGAAGGUGAACUAUGCCACAUGUUUCUUGAUUGUUGUGCGGAACAGCGUACAUAUGAGAAAUUUUUUGGAUUGUUGUCGCAACGUUUCUGCUCUAUAAAUAAGGCCUACGUAAUACCGUUUGAAGAAAUUUUUAAAGACACAUUUGAAACCACACAUCGGCUGGACACAAAUCGUUUACGUAAUGUUAGCAAAUUUUUUGCUCAUUUACUUUAUACCGAUGCCAUUAGCUGGGAUAUACUAGAGUGUAUUAAACUUAACGAGGAUGAUACAACUUCAUCGAAUCGUAUUUUUAUAAAGAUAUUAUUUCAAGAGUUAGCCGAAUAUAUGGGUUUAAGCAAACUUUACGCUAAAUUAAAACAGGAGGAACUUAAGGACAGCGUUGCUGGUAUCUUCCCAAAAGACAAUCCACGUAAUACACGUUUUUCAAUUAAUUUUUUUACAUCAAUUGGGUUGGGUGGUUUAACUGAUGAACUUCGUGACUUUUUAAAAAGCGGUCCACGAUCUGUACCGGGAAUUAAUGCAGAAAUCCUACAAAUAAAAUCUGAAAAACUUGAAUCAUUGAAUGAAGCAAGCUGUUCCGCGUCAUCUUCUAAAUCAUCCAGCAGUUCUUCGUCGGAUAGUAGCAGUUCUGAUAGUCCUGAUUCCAGUCAUAAUAAAAGCAAAAAAUCUAAAAAACAUUCUAAAAAGAAGAGUAAGAAAACUAAGAAGAAGAAGAAACACUCUAAGAAGCAGAAAUCCAAACGCUAUAGUAGUAGUAGUAGUAGUAGUAGCAGUGAUGAUAGUGAAGAUUCUGAUAGUGAAAGCUUAAGUAGUGACAGUACUGAUCGAAAUAAAAAGAAGAAAAGUUAUAAACAAUCCAAAAAUGAACCUGUAAAAUCUUCUGCAAAAUAUAAGCAUCGUUCUCGUAAGUCUAAAAGAAAAACUUGUUGAGAAAAAGACUUGAUUAUUUUUCGAAAAAUUUAAUUUUUAUUAUUUGAGGAAUAAAACUCAUGGCGAUUUAAAGCAUAUUGUACCCACUAUGAAGUAUGGGUACACAAGUAUUUUUUGUAAAUUUUUUUAAUUUAUUUAAAGCUUUAAAAACUUUUUUGUAUUGAACAACAAAAACAUUAUUAAAUUUAUUGAUGAGUAAAGUUAGUGCCAAGUUUUGUUUUAACCAAAAAAAAAAAU